GCCCCCUCUUCCCCGUCCGAGAGGCGGGCGCUCAGGCGGGACGCGUUCUCCGCGCCCGCUAGGGUCUCGGCGGAAGGCCCGAGGCGCGCCGCCCCUCGCGUCUCACCACCGGCCCGCGUUCCCUUCCGUGUCCGGCGCGCCCGGGGACGCUGGCCGAGCGGUGUGCUGCCUCGGGGCCAUGCCGGGCCAUGAAGCCCCCGGGAGGAGAGGCCAGCAAUCUCUUUGGAAGUCCAGAAGAAGCUGCUCCUUCAAGCAGGCCCAAUAGGAUGGCGUCUAAUAUUUUUGGACCAACUGAAGAGCCUCAGAACAUACCUAAGAGGACCAAUCCCCCAGGGGGGAAAGGAAGCGGUAUCUUUGACGAAUCCACGCCUGUGCAGACGCGACAACGUCUCAACCCACCCGGUGGGAAGACCAGUGAUAUCUUUGGGUCCCCAGUUGCUGCUACGUCGCCUUCAGCACACCCAAACAAACCCAAGGACCACGUGUUCUUGUGCGAAGGAGAAGACCCAAAGUCGGCCCCUAAAGCCGCAGCCAGCACCUCGCCAGGAGAAGAGCUGGGGCAGAAGGGCGGCCCUGGAGACGCAGGCCGCACCCAGCAGCCCAUGCCCGUGCCCACAGCUGACAGCCACGAGCCCAGCGGCCUCCAUGCUAGGUCCGUGCCCAUCACCAGCCAGGCGGACAGACCCCUUCUCAAGUCAGAUCUUCCUGUUGGCCAGCCCCCCUGACUCCUGCAGCUUUAAAACUGUCCACAUGCAUCCAGACAGCGGGUUACUUAAAUCCUUCCUACAUCUUUAGUCCUGUUGACGGUGGGAGGAAGCAGUGCUCCUGAACCUUGGGUUCUUAGGUUUGAAUCUUUAAUAAUAUCUAAAGAGCUAUUAUAGAAUCCCAGCUUUACAUAAGUGACUGUGGACGCUGAUCUGUUUCUGACACCUUUCUAGGAAAAAGUCACUUGCUCAGGUAGAGUAAAGAGGAAGCAAAGUUUGCUUAGCUGCUCUUCAUAAAGCUUUGCAGAACCUCCGGACCAUGUUCAGUUUCCAGAGGAAACCUGGAGACCUUGGGCCAGAAGAUGAAAUGGUUCGAUAGCGAAGUCUCAACUGGCCAAUUCCGUGCUACUCGCCAGCUGAGGUAACGGGCUGGCCAGAGUCCUGCCGCUCUGAUCUGUCGGGCGAAGGCUUCUCCCGCCUGCCCCUACAGGGCUACGUUCUCUGUUCUUAUGCUCACUCACAUUGGACCAACGGCUCACAGGGGACGGGGUUUGGGUGGGGGUACCUGUCAGUACGAGUGCCUACGAAGCCAGUGCCGUGUGCUAAAAACACCUGCAUCCUUAUCACAGUGUAGAAAAGCAACAACGCUGGGUUCAGUCACCCCCACCGUGGCCUAGACACCGAAGUGCCUGCGGGAGCCACCUGCCAGCUCCACUCUUACACCUGGUGCACGUGGCUUUGUCAACCAAAGACCGUUUUCCCCCUUUCAACUGCCCUGUGCUCUCUGGAGCCAAGAAACUCAUUCCACGCAACUCUUCCUGUCUCGUGCAAGUACUUCCUGUUUCCACCUUUCAGAUGGCCAUUUAUAGGAAAGUUGGUUGGAACUCAGAGCCUCUUCCCCCCCCCCCCCCCCCAUUAAAAAAUGUCAUAAAUGGUGGUUAGGGCUUAAGCCCAAACACACGUUAACGUGCUUAACGCAGUGUUCUCGUGGUAGGAGUGAAGUACCAUUUAUGACUCUGUCUUGUGGUUUUCAGUGUGCAAGAAACUGAUUUGUGAAUUCCAAAUUGGAUUGCCAGGAACCCUGAUACCGUAGUGCUGGCCCCUGUGGCUUCACCCCUGCCCUCGCUGCCCACCCAGUGAGAGGAAGCAAGGAGGAGCUCUCUACUUCUGUCCACCGGCAGGGAUCUCAGGCACAGAUGGGGGGGUAGAGGUGGGAAUGGAGGGAAACCAGAACUGUAGCCAGAGCCUCUGUGCAGUGGAGACAGACGUGCUGCCUUUGAUCUCCAUCCUUCCCUCCCUGGGGCCGCAGAAACAAGUUUAGGGUGCCUGGUGGUCUAGUCACUGGGAGGAGCAGGAGAGGCCUUUCUGCUCCUGUGAGCCAGUGGGGUGGCCAUUCCUAUGUGGAAAAUGCUCUGUAACUGGGGACUGCCUGUAUUUGGAAGAUUCAUUAACUCAGCAUCCUGUUUUCAAUCUCUAAGCUGCAUUGAGAAGUUAUGUCUGUAUUUUUAUUAAGCCUUAAAAUUUUUUUAAUGUGCAUUUGGUGCCAACUUUUUUCUAGAGCUGUAUCAAAAACGAGAAGUCUGUACUCACAGCACAAUGUAGUUUUGAUAGGGGCAUCUUGUUACAAAGCAGGACUGGGUAUACACGUUGAAUUAAACUUCGCAAUCACGUACUCGAA